UCCAUGUGCCGCUUCCUGUUUGUAGGUCCUGUACCUUCUUGGACACUUUCCCACUCUCACUGCCCCCCAAGCCUUACACAUCAGUACCCCGAGACAUGGCGUGCAGAUUAAGAAGGGCAAUAGCUGAUAAGGUUUCACAAGUGUUGGGGCUGCCAUCAGAUAAUGUUGUUCAACACAUACGUACCAUCCCGGUCCAUAGGAAACACGAGUCUCCAGAUUUUCAGCUGUUUGUGAAUUCACUGCCAGCAGAUGGCUCUGGUUGCACAAUCUCUAGACAUGAGGCAAAGGCUGAGAAGCUUGCUGCAAAGCUGGUCUGUGACUCGGUGAUUAGUGAAAUCGGAACAGCAAAAGGAUCAAUAACCUUUAAAAUCAAACGAGAUUUGUUAGUAAAGACUGUUCUCCAACAAAUAAACCAAGAUGGCCCUCGAUAUGGAUUUAACAGUGAUCUGCUGUCAGGCUUACGUAGAGGAAGAACAAUAGUAGAAUUCAGCUCACCUAAUAUUGCCAAAAGAUUUCAUGUUGGACAUUUACGUUCGACAAUAAUUGGGAAUUUUAUUGCUAACCUCAAGCAAGCAGUUGGAAAUGAAGUGAUAAGAAUGAACUACCUUGGUGACUGGGGGCUACAGUUUGGACUUUUGGGAGCCGGUUUUAACAAAUUUGGUUGUGAAGAGAAGCUUAAAGCUAAUCCUCUGCAACACCUUUUUGAAGUAUAUGUUAAAGUUAACGAGAAAGCAGAAGAAGAUGGAGAUAUUAAGUUAUCUGCCCAAGAGUUUAUGCUGAAACUUGAACGAGGAGAUCCACAAGCUCUCUCUCUUUGGCAACACUUUAGAGACCUAAGCAUACAGGAGUAUGCCAAAGUCUAUGAACGCCUUGGUGUACAUUUUGAUGAUUAUUCUGGCGAGUCCUUUUACAGAGAGAAAUCACAGGCUGUGCUUAAGCUACUCAAGGACAAAGGGAUGCUGCGGAAAAUGGAUAAAGGCACUGCGGUAGUAGAUCUUUCAGAAGAAGGAGACCUUUCCUCUUUUGCAACUGUGAUGCGUAGUGAUGGGACUUCAUUAUAUAUCACCAGAGACAUUGCUGCUGUAAUUGAUCGUAUUGGGAAAUAUAAUUUUGAUGAAAUGAUCUAUGUGACAGACAAAAGCCAACAAACUCAUUUUCAACAACUGUUUAAGAUUUUAAAAAGAAUGGGUUAUAAUCACGGAGAAUGCUGUCACCAUAUCCCCUUUGGUUUAGUGCGGGGGAUGAAGACCCGCAGAGGAAAUGUGGUUUUUCUGGAAGAUGUCUUAGAUGAAGCUCGCUCAAGGAUGCUGAAAAAUAUGGCAACUACGGACACAAGCAAACAACUUGAAGACCCUUCUGACACUGCAGAACAAAUUGGACUUGCUGCGCUUAUUGUGCAGGAUUUCAAGGGCCAACUUUCAUCUGAUUACAACUUUGAUUGGGAUAAGGCAUUGCAGAGUUCUGGUGAUACAGGAGUGUUUAUGCAGUAUUCACAUGCCAGGCUACACAGUCUACAGGCUCUGAACAGUCAGGAGCUGAAAGAUAUUGAUACAUCCUAUUUACAGGAAGCAUCUGCAGUCGCUGUACUACAGCAUCUUCUCAGGUAUGAUGAAGUGAUACAGAAGACUUUAGAAGAUUAUCAACCAAGAUAUUUGGUUGCGUAUCUCAUAACACUUUGUCAUCUCGUUAGCGUGGCUCAUCGCACACUUUAUGUGAAAGGAAGCAGUCCAGAGGUUGCACAUGCACGUCUCUUCUUUUUCAACAAUGUGCGUAUGGUUCUGUCCAGUGGGAUGAAACUUCUUGGGAUUACACCUGUUGCUAACAUGUAAUUUAAGGAUUAUUUCCUAUACUUUUGCAAAUGAACACAUGGUACUUAAAAUUCCUUACUAACAGGUAAUAAGUCUCCUACCAACUUGAAGUGGUAAAAAUCUCCUGAAACGUAGUAAAUAAAUGUGAAUUUGACUGUG